CUUUGCUUUAGUGUGAAAACGUUAAAGAUACGGAUAGGUGGUGACUGCGAGAGCAUCGAAGUCAUUUACAUUUAGAAUAGUUUCGUAUUAAAAUGCCUUUCAGGUAUAAACUACGGUAGUUUAAUUAGACUUGAUUGCUAUAAUUCGGUUUUUUUUUUUAAAUGAGGUGAAAGCACUCGGGAAAAAUUAAUAACUGAUGCAGAAAGAAAGGGAUAUUUACAAUGGAAUCAAAUUCAAAAUUAUUAUCAACAAUAAUUUGUUUGCUACUCACAAUUGAAAUUCACGAAUCCCUAUAUUUGGAACCACAUCAAGAUUUAGCGAUUCUUGAAGAUCACUUUCAUGCACCAAAAGCCCUUAUACCCAAAGCAUCGUUUACCCAAAAAGGAUAUAUUCAGUUUCUCAGAUACAUCGUCGACGUUCCAGAAAUAACAGAUUAUACCUUUUGCAUAUGGAUGAGAAGUAAUAACUUAACAUACAAUCAUCCGUUACUGUCAUAUUCGAAAGAUGAGGAAAAACGUCUGAUAAGAGUAUGGAUAACACCUGCAGGACACCAGAUUAAUUUGGAAAUACUUGGCGUACCGAUAUUCAGUGCAACGGUACACUUUGCAGAAAAUCGAUGGUAUCAUGUUUGUCAAUCUUGGUCCUCAUUUCAUGCAGCUUGGAGUUUGUAUCUGGAUGGGAAGCUGGCUGCUAACGGACACGUACCAAAAUUAAAGGAUAUUGUGAUCGACUCCGGAGGAGAUAUAGUCGUGGGACAAGAAUACACAGACUUCGACAAAGGCCUUGAUGAUGGCAUUGAAGGAGAUGUAUCAGGUUUUAAUUUUGUCCUAGGAUCUACAUUUCCAAGACAUAACUUAUAUGAUAAUCCGUUUAGUCCAAAUAAGCAUUUCAAAAGAGACACUAAAUCUACCACACAAAGUUUGUUUGAAGAUAAAUUCUUUACCGAUAAUGAAAGCUUUCGUCAAGCAAUGUUGUUUGAAAAAAAGGCAACUAAGAAACGUCAAAUUUGGGACGAAAGUCUUGAAUUCUUCUCUAAACAUAAGCUGGUGCCUCCUUUACCACUUGAAGACCAUGACGACCCUUUGCCUUUAAUUCAUCGUUCUUACCAGAAAUUCCCUCCUAUAGAACGUUUUAUAAGUGACGCGUCACCGUUGGAGCGUUACGUCAAUAAACCUUUGGGUUUACUUUUAGUUGAAUUAAGUAACAACUGUGGUUUCCUUAGAGGUGCACCCCUAAGUGGUAAAGGUGUACUAGUUAGUUGGACCAAAACGAAAGUUCGAGUUUUCGGUGGUGCCAUUUUGAAGACUGUUCCGCCGUUUUGUGUUCGAUGAAAUUAGGUUUUCUUGUUAACAGAACUAAUAUUGCUACCAAAAAUAAUUGAUAAUAACAAGGCUUUCAACUGAAUAAAGGUACCUCCAUAUAUUUUAAUAUUUUUGUUAAUUUAUUAUGUGCCAAAAAGUUUUUUUUUUUGUUAGAUAUAUUUUCGUUAUUUAGUUUACUAAGCUAUUAUAGGUGCUUUUACAAUAAAAAAAAGCAUUAUGCAGGGCCAUCAUUUAUUAUGUUCGCCAAAAGUUAAUUUGGUUUCAAUUUGCCAUGAUUACAAAGAUUCUUUAAUAACUAUGAGGGACCGCAGUGUUUCUAUCCUAAUCACCUUAGGUAAUCACUAUAACAUAGAAUAUGGUGUAUGUUUUGUAUAUUUAUAAAUAACUGUUUGGCAACAGAAAGCUGAUGAUAAUAAAAUGAUUAUUUAGUCGUAGUUGAGCCCUUAUCUUUUUGAACAAUGAUGAAUAAUAGUAUGUUUUGAUGUUGUUCUGUUAUUCAUUGAAUAUGUCUAUUAUUCAUAAUUAAAUGAUAUCUAUAGAGAUGUAAAAGUAUAUAAUUUGAUUAAAUGUAUAACACGAUUUAGAUUAACAUAACAUAUUGUGACAUUGCAUUGGCCUAAGUUAAUAGAAAAAUUGUAUAGGUAAAUAAGCCAUUAUUAUUGUUCAUAUACAUAUAAUUAUUAUAACAACCUUUUUUUUUUGUCUCUAAAAAUAUACAAAUUACUUUAAACUAAAUUAUUAGAGUGACAUAGUAUUCACUUCAUUGUUUCUGUUAUAUUUUGUUAUCAUUUUUAUAAAAUAGAUUGCAUUCUAGUCGAAGAGUGAUUUAA